AUGAAGGACAUUAAUUUUACAAAAACACCCGGUUUCCUGAUUGAAUUUCAUCUAUACGCAAGUCCUUAUGAUUAUUUUAGAUUGUUAUUAGAUGAUGAUUUACUGGAACUUAUUGUCGAUGAAACAAAUAAAUAUGCGGAAACUAUUUUCCUCAGCGAAGGAGCUGUGACCAAUUCACGAAUAUCUCGUUGCAAUUUAUAG